AUGUUUGGAAGUACCUAUAAAAAUUCGUUGAACGAUCUGCCUCUCUUCCGUAAUAUUAAGAAACAAAUGGAGCAUGAUCGAGAUAAAGGGAAAAGACUACCUGGGAAUCUGGUACAAGGCAAAACUGAAAGAACGAGGAUACGAGGAAACAAGUAUAUGCACUCGCUUGGUUCUUAUAGUGCGACGAGAUCACGACCAUUAUUUUAUUCGAGAAACCUAAAAGGGAAGAUCGAUUACUUGAGUGUGGAAGUGGCAAAAGAAAAUAGAAGGAGAAAUCAAUUACGUUCUUUGGGGGACAACAUUUUUAAACCAAUUGGAUUUGGGUCCAAUGGGAAAGAGCCUGAAGUCGUCCAACAACAGAUAUUGACCAAUAGCAUAUAUGAUUCGUUAUGGAAUCGAAAUAGUGUAACACAUCUAUCAAAUGUUGAUUCGCCCUUCAUGUUGCAAGGAUGUAUACCGUCUGAUGAGAAUGGAGAAGUUAGAUGUGAUGAAGAUGAUGAAAACCAAGCAUCAAAUCUGAGUCUUGAACGCCGAAUGGGUAAUGUAGCUGGCAGGAACGAGUUGAAUUUUAGGUUUCACGAAUCGUUUCAAACGUCUGAUGUUUCGGUUGAGCAUUCUGGGAUAGACACAUUCGAUAACGCCAAUAUAUUGGGCCUUACUAUACAAGAACCUGAAGGAGAAGCUGAGCAGGACGACGAAGAAGAUGCGUAUUAUGAUGACGAAGAGAAUGAAAGUUGGGACGAAGAAAACGCAAUAUGUUACGAUGACGAUGAUGAUAGUGAAGGUGAGGAUACAUUUGAAUAG